GGCCGAUGGAUGCGAGCAGAAGAGGUGUGUAAGUGUGUGUAAACAAUGUGUCUUUAUUGACUGAAUUUUCGGCGAUAUUGAAUAUGAAAUAAGCAUCUUCUUUGUAAUUUGAGGCAACAGUUAAAUCCCCAACAAUGCGAUGAGCACAUCCAUACCAAACGAAAUGAGCUCCAUCCACGGCCCUCUGCUGUCUGCACCCUUUCCAAAGGUGCAAAACUGCGGUAAGAAGUCGAAGAAAAAGAAGAACGGAGCGGUCAACGGCCACAACGGCACCAGCAACUCUACGGCCAAGGGUCCAGAUUUCCAGUUCAGCUGCCCAAAUAAACCCGAGUUUUACCAGUUUACGGCCGUCUCGACACCAGAAAGUUCUUCAGACCUCUUCCUCGACGAGAUUUCGGCUGAUGAUCCUCACUUCAUGGAGCUGCUGACCAUGAUGCUGGAAGAAAAUAGUCUUAGGGAGGAUCAAGAGAUUGCGUUUGAGGCUUUUGUCUCGUCUUUGUCGCAGCAUCCGCCGGAACAGCACAAAAGAAAAAGCAAACAGCUCGUCAACAUGAUUGCAAAGAGGCUGAUUGAAAUUGAUUACGAAGGUGAUAGUGAUUUGUCUGGUCCCCUAGUCGCAACGAAUGCUGCUGAUUCUUCAUCAAAGUAUGCUGCAGACACCCAAAUAGACCUCUCCAAAGACAAGGAUGAACGUGAUACAAAAUCAAAAUUAGAUACUGAUUGCGGGGCUUCACCAAAAGGCAGCAAGAAAAAGACGCCAAACAAAAGUGAUUCAAACUGCAAUCAAUCAAGCCUGAAUUCAAACGAAACCCAAGAGUCUGAUGUGAUAAAUCCCAGCUGCAAUUGCACAAAACGAUCGUAUCCUGAAACUAAGCAUCGCAGAAAAAGGGACCACCAAACCAAUCCAGUAAAAGAAACUCACUUUGAUGAAAUUAUUCAGAUGCUGAAAGAAGACCAAAUUCGAAGUGUGGUCUGGUUUCAAAAUCUCUUAGGAGUCGUUGAACAGCUCAAAGAGUCAUUUGUGAGCCACACACUUCACCAAAAAUCGGUUUCACCACAAAUUACAAUCGCGAAUGGCCAUCGAGAAGUCAAGAAACAGCCCUCAUACAAAGUCAGGUGCCGAGUGAAAAGCAAAGGCCGAAAGCUAAUUAGGCAAAGAAGUCGUCGUCGCUUUCGUCAUCUCAAAGCCUCCGACUGCAGCUUUCUGGAAGAGUACUACAAGUACUUCACAUUUACUCAGCAUGUUCCGUCGGCCACGGAUGAAAACUUUGAGGAACUAAUGCGGCUGCUCUUGCUUUGCACUGAAAACGACGAUGAAGUAGCAUCUCAGCUAGGCAAGUACGGCUCCACCAUCCACAACCUCAUCAUGUGUCGGCUCCUUGGUGAACUGGCUGGUGAUUUUGAGCCAAUGGGUGACUCGUUGUUUGACUUUGUGGAGAAAAUCACCACUCCUGAGACAGCACGCCGAUUGAAUAUCUUCAUGUGCCAGUACCAAGUAGUGACGCUCGUGCACUUGAGUAUUUACCUCAUCACCACUGUCUACCAAAUUGACAGGCAAAACAAUCGCAAGGUCACGGACCCUGAGUGUGCUUUCAAUAAGCACUCGUUUUUCAGGGAAUUUGUGAGCAAAAUAAUAUAUUGGUACCACAAUACCCUGAUGGACAGGCGCAAGAAGCUGCAGCUGCCAAUUCUAAGCACAUACUGCCGUCAGAGGAAGAAACUUCUGCGGGAGCAGGCAAAAAUUUCAGCUGCCAGAAAUCACCAGAACAUGCGAAGCAACGCUGUAACUCUGGGCCAUUUCAAGCAUUUGGUGGAAACAUACAAGUUAGCUGAUCAGGUACGAGCCAGCAUUGCAGCCGAUCGCAAACUGAAGACUGCUGCUGUUGCUGUGAAGGGACACACUUGCCGGAAUGUUCACCCGGAUGGCAGCAUCUGCAGUCACAGCAAAGUGGCCAAGGAAAUUUCUCUGCCAUCCGACUCGGAGGAUGAGAGUUGCAGUGAGUCGGAGGAUGAAUUUGACUCGGUUAUGCGGCGCAUCGAAACACCUCCUCCUCCACCACAGCCUAGAGGUCCAAGCACCCCACCGCCUGCUCAAACUAAACCAGCCCCCAAAAAGCCUGUGAAGAAAAAUCGCAAACAAGAGAGGAAAAAUAAACGAGCUGCCGAAAAGCUGGAGAAGGCUCGUCAGAAAGCAACGGUUGUGAAGGAAGUGCCACAGCUGAAAGGGAGACCACUUUUGCCCAGAAAGAAGAAAAUCAUUGGAACCCCCUUGGGCGAUUCCUCGAGGAAAAAUUCUGCCUGCACUUCAACCACCGAAGAUGAUUUUUUUGAGCAGCUGGAUGAGUUGCCUUUGGAGGAAAAUUCCUUCAGGCUUGUCUGGCAAGACGGCAAAGUUUACCUGGACUACAGGCUGGACAGUAAGGCUGGCGAGCAGCUUGAGUUGAGCCCUGAAUUCCUCAAGCAAUACAAGAUUCCAGAAAACGUGAUGUUUGACUCUGUGACUGCCCCUGUGCUUGACUCGGAUUCAUGUGCAGUGAUGGAAAAGGCAGCCAUCCUCGAGAACCCAUGCAUGGAGGAUUUCAGGGGUUUCAUCAAGUCGCUUGGGCUGGAGAUUUAAAGGCCAAAGUGUCAGAUUUUGCCAGUUGUGCUUUUAGAUGUACAUCAAGGUUGUGCAUAGCGGCACUCACAACAAAUUUUUUAAGCAAUCCAAUGUAAAAAUUAACAAGGUGUGAUUUAGUUGUGUCAAAAUAGUUGCCUACGUGUUUUCCCAUGAUAUCUUGCAGCACCAAGGUUUUUCAAUGCCCAGUUCAUUUAUGUUAACUUGCUCAUGUUUGUAGGGACCAUUCAGGAUUUAUUGUAGAAUAACUAAUAAAUUUUGCUUUACCAAUUUAUUUGAAAACUUUUAAAGAAAAUUUUUCUUUUCUUUAGUGUUAAUUAUACAACUCAUUAAAUUUCCUGUAGUAAAGCAAACCAUUAUAAUGCACUGAUGUAGCCUUUAGCUAUUUAGUUCAGCUCAAAUUGUAAUUUUUUGAUCUCGAAAGCCAGCUUCUCAAAACUCUUGACCCAACAUAUUUGAAUUAGGGUAUAAUAAUCAAUGAACCUCGGACUGGCUGUAACUAAUGUUUCAAUCUAGAACGACGCCAAUCUGUUGGAUGCUGCCAAGAUGUUGCUGCUCAUUUGUCAGUAUAGUUGUGCUGCUAUAUAUUUUGAAAAAAAAAUCUUUUGUUAUUUAACGUCUUCAAAAAUAAACAAAAAUAUAUUCAAUCUCAUAUGGAGAUGCUCAAUUUUUGUACGGUGUUCUGAGUGAUUGUAAUGUGUAUUUCAAGUGCUGAUGUGUGCCAAAAAGUGGAUCGCCUAUUUAAAGUAACCUGCAGGACUUUGGACGAAUCAGCAAAAUAGCACUGCCGUAAUAUGUUUGUUGUAAAAUAAAUAGUAGCGGCGCACAUAUUAAGAAUCAUUAGCCACAUGUUAUUAAAUUUGUUGUAUUCCUGUUUUUAAAUUUUAUUUUCAAUUAUUAAAAUAGAAUUUUAGAACUUCGAGGUUUCUUUUGAGAAUUUUCAAUUUGAUGCAACAUAGUGAAUGUAUGUUGAUUUUAAAAAGGAAGUCUUUCCCAUUCACAUAAUAAUGCAGUUGUUUUUUGAGUGGCAUUGUAUUUAUUUAAAUCAGAUUAAAUUGCCACUGGUAUAGAUACAGCUCUGUUACUGUACUUCUAAAUAUUGCUACUACUAAUAAAAUAGCUGAAGUCGUAUAU